AUGCUACCAGACAGUCCAGUUGUAGAUACGUGCCGCCUGCUGAUGGCGCCGUGCAGCAGGAAAAGAGCCGUAAACGCCACAGAGCUGCUGAGCCGGAGGAGUCGAGGCAUCAGGGAUGCUGGGUCCCUGAUCAGGCACAGUAUGGAGGUCCUUCGAGGUAUCCUACUGAAGGACAACAGGGAUUUCGUUAAAGUAUGGAACAAGAGCUCGAAAUCUACAAUAAUGUAUGAGAAUGGUAAAAUCUACUUAGAAAAUUACCAGAAUUGCUACAGCUGUGUUCAUGCCGAGCCUCAACUUCUAUACAAACUGCCAAAGAGAUCUAAAUUGGAGAAAUUUGAAGAUGCUUUGCUGUGUCAGAGCCCACUUGACAGGACGUUAGCCUCCCCCUCUGAUCAAAAACCCAGCCUCUUGGUUUUGACUGCCAAUAACUGGCUGUAUCGCCUUUCAGUUGAAACAGGAGAGGAGCUGCAGAGAGUUUAUCUGUCUUCAAAGCACAAGUUCAGGUAUCUCAGCUGGGAUGUUUCUCAAGAGAGGUUUUAUGUGAAAUCUGUUCAAAACAAGGAAACCUCUUUAGCACGACAGGCGGGUAUUACUCAGAAUACGGUGAUGCACCUGGCCAUCUUUCAUGUCUUCCCUUUACAAAUUGUUGGCAUUUUGGAUAUCAACAAAAAGGUAUUUGGAAAUGGUGUUACCGAUGUUGUUCUGUCCCACGGUGUCCUUGUGGUGUCUUACAGCAACAAGUCAGUAAAGCUGUACAGCUUUGAGCACAUUGUUCAACGGUACUUGACAGAGAAGCUAACGCUUCGAAAGCCAAGUUCACUUCUUGGUGGCGAAACUGUGGGAGAUGUUCCGUUUGGUAUCCCAGUAAAUAUACAGAUCACAGAAUGGCCUCCAGUGCUUUUCGAGGUAUCAUGUGCGAAUAACAGUGUCCAAAUUGGAGGCUACCCGUGGCAUUACAUCUACACACCAAUGCAUACACGUCACAAGGGCACUCACCACAUCUGUUCCCUCAAGGACAGCACGAUGGCAUCAAAUGGAAUACAAAACAUGAACUGCUGCUCUCUAGAGAGUGAUGGGAUUUUCUUCCACCCUGAUGGCUCCGGAAGAAUCGUUCAUGUUGGACCUGCCACCAUAAAUGUCCUGAAAAUCCUUGUUGAACUGAACAAGGAUUUCCCAUCAAAGGUGGUUAAGGAUUUCUCUAUGAAAACCCAUCGAAACGACAAUCCUUCCUCACAAAUCACAGUCACCUCAUCGGGCCGAACGGUGAAGAAAAGAUUUCAUCAGCUGGAUGAUGAUCCAGAUCAAGAUACUUUCCGUAUUGUGGAAUAUGAGGACGAGCUGGACCUUUUGGCAGUCGUGGUUACUAACGGUGAGGAAGGAGAAGGAAGAGCCCAAAUCCAACUGCAUGACAACCAGAGUGGGCAGUUACUGCGGACUGUCCAUCUGCUGGAACCUUGGGACGAGACUUAUCGACAUGAGUUGUUUUUUGACAAGGACACAAUUGUUCAUAUUGAACAGAAGAACAACGGCUUCUGCUGCCACGUUUACAAGCUCAAAGUCGCCCGGAAAUAAGACUUUCAUUUUUCAUGAUAACUUUAAUAAAUGUUUCCAACUUGCAUUUUA